CUAUUUAACUUGGAAUUGAAUUAACAAAUGCCAGUCCAAAAUAUUCUCUCACAAAUGCCACCAGGCUACAAAUUCUUGCCUACUGAUGAAGAAUUAAUAACUCAUUAUUUGAUGAACAAAGUUUCGGAUUACGAGUCUCUUCCUCCUCAUGAUUUCGAAGAUAUUGACGACGAUGAGCUCCAUAGCAAACCUCCCAGUAAUCUUGUGACAUAUUCAUGUGGAGAAAGAGAAUGGUACUUUUUUAUUCAUGAAGGCGAAGAGUUUGUAAAAAGAUCAUCAAAUAGAAUUGUUGGAGAUGGAUUAGGGUUUUGGAGAGCAAAUGGUCAAGAACAACCAGUUUUUAAUUCUGAUGGAAAUGUUUUUGCCUUCAAAACCCAAUUCACUUAUUUCUCAGGAAGUUCUCAAAAAAAUGCCACCAAAACUCAUUGGAGAAUGGAGAAAUAUCGAUUGCCUAAUGAUCAGUGUCACUUGGAAGAUUGCUACUGCAAGGGAAAAGAGUGGGUACUAGGAAGACUUAAAAGAGGAAUGAGCUACAAGAACUAUUUUUAGUUUUUUUUUCUUUUUCUGAAACACUUUUGUUCGUUUUUUUCAUUCGUUUAGAUUCACAGGCA